GCGACGACAACGGCAGCGUAGCGGUGGUGGAAGAGACGGCGCCGAACGUUCGGGCGAGUUCGCGUUCGCUCGGGUGGGGUCGGUUCGCCGCCUUGCCUGCCAUGACUGGCCGAGCGCCGCGUCGCGGGGGAGCGAGGUGGCGCGUCGGCGAGUGAAGCUGCCGCGGUGAAUCCGGCGUCGUGAUUGGUCGCCGCGUGGGAGAGCCGCCCGCCCGAGCUCACCGUCGCCGGCAGUCGGCACCGAGCAUCCAGGUAGAGUGUAUCGAGCCAUUCGGAGUCGGUGCGAGAUAUAUACACGGGAAUAACACGCAACUCCGGACAUUGCUCUGACGUUAUUUACUACAGACGGGCACGAUGGCCGUCCGGCGCGUGCACCGUUCGCAACAGCAACAGCAACAGUGCCACCGUAGUCGUCGUCGUGGUGCCGUACUCGUUGUCGCGCGUCGUGUCCAUCGCACGGGCCCGUUCACGGAAUCGCAGCAUCGCGCGCUCGCCGAAGCAUCGUUGCCACCGUCUCCGUGCGGAUACGCGGCGCGCAAACUGUACUCGUGGUGCGUGUACUAAAAAGUCCUCCGGACUCGCGGCACCGAGAUCCAGAGGUGGUUCGCCACUCGCUCGUCAGUCAGUCAAUCAAUCGGGAGUGAGAGAGUAGGAGCAGCGAGGAAGGACAACGCGCGCGCCUCGCUCCGCGAGAGUAAACUCUGCGCAUUAAACCCGUCACGGCCUUCUGUGUGUACCACCUACCUCUGUACCAACCGCCUCCGCUCUUCCUCUCUUGCGCUCUCUCGCUCUCCUGCUCCACCUCCGCCGCCCCGCGGCUUUCCGCAGUGACGACCUUCCCACGCGUAUCUUUCACGACGACGACGACGACGACAACGACGACGACGACGACAACCACGACGACGACCGGAAAUUAAAGUAACACGCUUCGGAGACGCGCGCGGGUCGUCCACCACCGCGCGCCGUCGUCUCGAUCCGCCGGACGGAGCGUCGAUUGUUUCUCGCUUGGAGUGUUUCUCGGAGUGUCGUCAUCACGCGUCGUCGCGUCGCGCGGACACGCGAGCUGCGAGAGGAACGCGCGCGCGGUCCGCGCCGGCUCCGCGUCCGCUCGCUGCGUGGAGUGCGCGCGGCCUAACCUCGUUCGUCCGUCGGCGACGAGCGCUCGUGCGCACGGUGGCGGCUGUGUGACAGUGAACGGUUCUCUCGCGUCUGGUGCUGCCGAGUUGCUGCCUCUCCGACCACACACAACACACGCGUCCACACACACACGCCCGUCCGCCCACACAUAUACACACACACACACGCAACACACACACGCGCGCGCGCGCGCGCGCGUGCGGAGUUGAAGUUGGUUCCGGUCUGCCCGCGGUAGUUGGUGCGCGCUCUCACAGUGUGACUGACAUCGAGUGUGAACAGUGAUAACUCGCGAUCGCGAUACGCGCUAUUAUAUUCGGCGAGAGAGGAAAAAGUGGCCAAAGAAACACACACACAACACACACACACAUACAUACAUACAUAUACACACACAGUGCAGGCCGUUGGCAGGAACGGCGCGCGCGACUCAGCGGGAGAGAGAAAGAGAAAGAGAGGAAGUCGCGCGCGGCGCGAGUUCGAAACUCCAGCGCCACACUCCGACGGCGACGUGUAAACUCAAGUAAAUAACUCAAGCGGCCAACUUCAGUAGCCUUCAACCGUCGUCGCCGGUCGCGUUCCGCGCGGAUCGUCGCUCGCGCGGAUUCUCCCAGGCCGGUAUUUUCAUCGUCGUCGUCGCGAAAGCGCUCGCUCGCUCGCUCGUUCGCCCGCGACGUGCCUGGCGUUUAGCGUCGACGCUAAAAAACUACGCGAGAGGACAGGAAAGACGACGGUGGCCGUCGCCCGGCCUGCAAUAAUGCCGCACGUGAGCAGUAGCGGCGGCGGCGACGAUCUCGGCAGCGAAGACGAGGUCAAGGUCUUCAAAGAUGAGGGCGAGGAGGAGAAGAGGUCCUCGGAGAACCUUACGGAGGACAAGAGCGAUCUCAUCGAUCUCACCGAGUCCGAGGAAAAGGGCUCACUCGCCGCUGGCAGCUACGCGACGACUGGCAAGGCGUCCGCGAGGUCUGAUCUCAGUCCCGUUUUCGCAGGAAAGGUGGACCCGACGCCGCACACCUCCUCCUUCAACAUGGGCUACCUCGUCUCGCCGUACCCGUACCCCAACGGUGCCGGAGGACCCAUCCCCGUCUCUAUGGUAAGUGCAUCCGAGCGUUUGGCAAUACCUUCCUCGACGACUCGCCAGCCGGACGCGCUUCUUCCAGCCCGCCGGGGUAAAUACAAUUGUUGAUAACAUUGAUGAGCGCAUUGUCGCGAUAAGGGGCAGAUAGCGUAUCCUGCGCGCGAGAUAAGCGCGACCGAGCGCGAAGGAUAGGUCGGGCUUGCUCCAGUUUGUCGGAGGACUGCAGGUCAGGAAAGUUUUC